AUGUCUUCUUCUACCUUUUCCCAGGUGGCUAUCAAGUCCAUCCGGAAGGAAAAGAUCAAGGAUGAGCAGGACAUGGUUCAUAUUCGCCGAGAGAUUGAGAUCAUGUCAUCCCUCCGUCACCCGCACAUCAUCUCUAUAUAUGAGGUGUUUGAGAACAAGGACAAGAUUGUGAUCGUUAUGGAGUAUGCCAGCAAGGGCGAGCUGUAUGACUACAUCAGUGAGCGCAGGCGCCUAAGUGAGCGAGAGACGCGACAUUUCUUCAGGCAGAUAGUCUCCGCCGUACACCACUGCCACAAGAAUGGAGUGGUGCACAGGGAUCUUAAACUGGAAAAUGUGCUACUGGAUGAAAACUGUAAUAUUAAGAUUGCUGACUUUGGGCUGUCAAACCUCUACCAUAAGGACAAGCUGCUGCAAACCUUCUGUGGCAGCCCACUCUACGCUUCACCAGAGAUUGUCAAUGGGCGACCGUACCGUGGUCCAGAGGUGGACAGCUGGGCUCUGGGGGUGCUGUUGUACACCCUGGUUUAUGGGACCAUGCCAUUCGAUGGGGGAGACCACAAGAACCUCAUUCGCCAGAUUAGCAAUGGCGAUUACAAAGAGCCCACUCAGUCCUCAGAUGCCCGUGGACUGAUCCGCUGGAUGCUGAUGGUGAACCCUGAGCGCCGGGCCACAGUGGAGGACAUAGCCAAUCACUGGUGGGUGAACUGGGGCUGGAAGAACAGUGUGUGUGACUGUGAGACCCAACGCGACCAUGGAGGCUCACCCAUGCUGGCUCGCUUCAUCGACUGGCAGAACCGCACUGAGCCACGUGGUUCUGGAGCCAAAGCCGCAGCCAUGCCUCCACUGCUGCGCCAGAGGCCCAAAAAGUCCAAGAAGGAAAAUGUUGAGGCAGGACAGACCCACUGUGGAGCAGAGGACAAGCCAGGUCUGAAGAGGCCCAAGGGGAUCCUGAAAACCAGGGUUACUGAGGAGCAGCAGACUGCCUGUUUGGAGGAGGUGGAGUUGGGUCAGAUGGCACUGCCGCAACAAGUUGAUGGGGGAGAGGAGGCCUCAAGUCCAGAUCGUGAGGAAGAGGAGCCAACUCUGGGAGGAGGCUCACCAGCUAAGAUGGUGCCAUCUCUACCCAAGAAAGGCAUCUUGAAGAACAAUCAACAGCGGGAAUCAGGGUACUACUCCUCACCAGAGCGUAGUGAGUCCUCCGAGCUUUUAGGGGGGGCCAGUAUGUCUCUAUUAGCCACCUCCCCACCCAAGAGAAUGAUGGGGAGAAAAGGCAUCUUGAAGCGAAACGGCAAAUACUCCACCUACAGCGGGCCACCCUCAGCAGAGGCAGUGGCUGGAGUUCUUCCUCCAUCAACUGACUCAGGUCUGUCUCGCAGUCAGAGUCGACCUUCCAGUAUAGUUGGGGAGGACAGCUCCGUUCUGUCCCUGUCACCAAUCUCCCUUGGCGGCGCUGAGUGGCAUUCCUCCACCCCCCACCUCCGCCCAAACAUCAGGGCUUGUGUCUCAGCUGAAAACCUGCUGCAGCUUGCCAACUUCAAGGGUUUCCAGGCAGCUCCACCACUCCAGGGAUCCAAGCUCAGCCGUGGCCCCAAAAUGAAAGGCUCCCCAGGGGACAAUGGCAGCUUCUCCUUGCUGGGCGACCUUGAGGACAUGACUCAGGUGUACCAGCAAGCCCUGGACAUCAGCAACAACCUCACCUAACAGAUGGGUGGCAGAGAGAGAGAGAGAGAGAGGGAGCAAGAGAGAGAUAAGCAGAGGAGAUUAAACCUGACGGUGUGUGUGUUUGUGUGUGCUGAUGUAUAUGGGUGGCAGCAACGACCAGUGUAUUACUGGGAAACACCCUUUUUUUUAGAAGUUAUGACUUCAAAUGAGACUGAAUUGAUGGGUAUAAGAUGUAUAUCUACGCACACACAUGCACACACAGAUGUAAACACUUAGGUGCACUUCUUUGGUCAGAGGAAAUUCAGUUUUGUGAACAGGAGAGAGAAGGAGCUGGCAUGAGAGAAUGCCACCCAGUCUGCUCUCUCGGCCCGCCCAUAGACAUUGCUGUGUUCAACAUGUUUACAUAUUCAGCAAGAAGGCGAGUUAGAAUCACAAAUGCAGCAAACCAGGAACUGGUUGGCUCUCCCUGUACUCCACCCAGUUUGAGUUUGAGUUUACAAAAGCACCUUAAAACUCACACAGAGCACACGCUUUUGUGAUCUUUACUUCCUUUAAAAACAAACAAACCAGGGUCUUGUUCCAAAAAUAACUGAUAUAGCUGAUUAUUUAUUAAUUUUAUUAAUUUGUUUGUAGCUUUUACUUUUAAUUGCAAAACUGGUGGGCGCUGGCUGUUACUGGAAGAGUCUAAAGCUCCUUGUCUCCAACUCUUUGAGUGGAACUGACAUAUAUAAUUAUGUUGCUCAAUUAUGAGAAACAACAUAUAUAUAUAUAUAUAUAUAUAUAUAUAUAUAUAUAUAUAUACUCUGCGUAUAUAACUAUGUUGGUGCAUGUAAAACACAUAGACAGUUAUACCUUCAUAAAAGUGUAUGUCCUAUAUAUAUGUAUGAUUCUAUGGAAUAUGUAGGAAGUGCCUUUUUUGAAUCAUGAUAACAAUUAUGUAUGUCAUUUCCUUAAAAGUGGAGGAAAAAGCCAGGCUGACCUGUCACCAGUUUUUUGUUUUGUUUUUCUUUUCUUCUGUUGUUUAUGAAUGUGGAGACACCCAGGGCCUUCACUGCACAGCUGACUAGCUUUACUUAUUUUGGGGUUCAAAGGUCAAUGUGAAACAGUUGAGAUCAAACGGUCUCGUGCCCCCCUCUCCAGCUCCUUCCACAAGUGGAGUCUUGCACACGGACACUUCAGUGUCUACACAGGCAGCCUCAGAACAGCCUCCGCUGUGGUCUUUGUCAGCAUCUAAGCCCAUAGUUUGGUUUGGCUUGGUUGAACACAGAUUCACUGGCAUCAGCAGCACAGGUCUGCAGGGACUCUCAUCAAGUGGGACAGUCAGUGACGGGAGAUGUCGCAGACACCAUCUCACUGUCCUGGAAUGUGCCUGGUUCUUUUAAAUUUCUUGUAAUUUCAUAAAUAGGCUCUUAGCUGGAAGACAUCUUUUACCAGUGUGUUUUUGUUUUCCAGCGUUGGACGGGUUAAUAUUUUACCCUUAAAAAGAGCUUUGUCAGGUGGUUUGUUUUGGCCGGCUGAUGACACAGCAAAUUCCUCAGACAAAUAAUGCUAGAGACAUGUUGGUGCUAGAGAUCCCUAUCGGCCUCAGCCCGACUCAGCACAGGUGGGACCGUCGGUCCAUGCUGAGCUCUCCAGCUGUGUAUACUUGUCCAUUAUUCCAACCAAGCACAAUUAGCCUGCUAUUGUUUUCGUUUGUGUGUAACUAGAGAGGCAGCGCGUAGAGAUUUAUAGCUAGAGGGGAAAAGAAAAGUGUGAAGAGAAGAAUGUGAAAGAGUGAUGCACGGAGCAGUGUUGAGAUUGGAGAUGAAUUUCCUGAGAAACACAGGAAAUGUCAAGGAGUCAGACUUGUUUUUGGAGGGAAGUGUACUGUAGAUUUGUGAAAGUAAAGUAAGUGAGUAGAAAGGGUAGAUGGAAAGUUUUUUGUUUUAUACCAAAGAUGUGUUGAAACUUUGACUGGAUUCAGGGGAAUUAGUAGGUCAUGGACUAAUGAGAGCCCUUAGGAUUUUUCUUUGACAUGGGAACCUCCCACUGGUGAAUGUAAUCGUCCCUGCAUUGGCUUUGAGACGCUGGAGGCUGUUGAUGUUGAGGGUCGGUGUGUGACUCAUGUUUUUUU